AUGCUGCAGGGCUCAAAUAGUUUGGGGCAUGAGAAGCCCCUGGUCAUCAGGAUGUCCUUUGCCUGUUGUGUUCUGGGAUCUGUGUGCCUGCCAUUGCUUGGACUAAUAACAUGCGUCUCCAUAUCCUUUCUUUUUCAUUUUGAAGAUGCUACUGGUACACAUUGCCAGGUUCCAAAUUACCUGCCGUCUAUUAGUGCCUCGAUAAGUCUGAGUCCUGAGUGCUACAUUUGGCGGUUCUGCAUUGGACUGCACACUGCACCCAGGCUCCUCGUGGCCUUUACCUACUUCAGAUUUUACAAGACCCGCUUUGCUGCCAGGGUCCCUGAGAGUCCCCUCAGCUGCCUGAGCCUGGCUUUUUCAAUCUCUGAGAACCUUGGCCUCCUGCUACUCACUUAUGUGUCAUCCACGGAGAUGUACUUUGUGCACAAGGAAGGUUUCGUUCUGUUCAUUGUGAGCUCUCUGAUCUACAUGCUGAUAACAUGCCGCCUGUGGAAGUCUAUCAAGAAGUAUUCCAUAAGUCCCGAGGACGCCAAGUCUCAUCACUGGAAGGUGCGUUUCUUACUUCUCAACGUGUGCUUCUGCGUUUUCGCUGGAUUCUUUUAUUGGAAACACAACGUGUACUGUGAAUCAGGAAGUUACACAUUUUUUGCCCUGUUUGAGUACCUUGUGGUCGUCUCCAACAUGGCUUUCCAUCUGACAGCCGUGUGGGAUUUUAAAAGCCGGGAGAUUGUGAUAAUUUCAUCCUCUGAGGAUAAAGACUUCUGACUACAGUCUCAAGGACUACGUACUGAAAGCACGACCAAUGAACUGUCGGAUGAUAACAGCAAAGAUCUGGCUCAAGAGGACUGGGACGGUCUUUUCCACAUAUUUCCAUGAUGACAAGUCUA